UAUACGUUUGGAAUGAAAGAAAAAGCAAAGUUCUUUUUUGGAAUUCGGCGAACAAGAUCUAAAAAUGAAACUGCUUGUGUUUGCUGUGGCAUUAUUGGCCGUGUCAGUGCAGUCUGUGCCGCUGACGACCCAUGACGUCUCUCUGACGUCAGAAGGGAACUCCGUCAACCCUCUGGUUCAGUUGUACAUAAACAUCAACAAGAGUAUCGCCAACCUCGUAGCUGUCGAAGGUUUGCCUGAAACUGAGCCUUCUCCUGUGGGUACACCGGUGUCAGUUGUAGAUACAAUUGAAGCAGAUAAGCCUAUCAUUAUAACUCCUGGCUUUGAAACUGCCCCCGGAAGCCCUGUAGCUCCUGUCGCUCCUGUGGUAGUCCCUGAAGUCCCAAGCCCAGUGGUUAUCGCGCCUGGAUUCGAAACUGCUCCUGGCGAUGCUCCAGUGGCCGUUUUCCCUGUAGGUGGACAAGAAACUCCAGUGGUCGUUGCCCCUGGAUUCGAAACUGCUCCCGGAAGCCCUGUAGGUCCUGUUGCACCUGUAGUAGUCCCUGAGACUCCAAGCCCUGUGGUUAUUGCUCCUGGAUUUGAAACUGCUCCUGGAAGUCCAGUCGCUCCCGUCGCUCCUGUAGUAGUCCCUGAGGUCCCAUCCCCAGCUGUCAUCGCCCCUGGCUUUGAAACUGCUCCUAUUGAGGCUCCGGUAGCGGUAUUCCCCGUAGGAGGACAAGAAAGUCCGGUAGUAAUUACACCUGGAUUUGAAACUCCCGCUGUUGAGACUCCAGUAGUGAUCGCCCCAGGAUUCGAAACUAACCCCGGAAGUCCCGUAGCACCUGUCGCUCCUGUGGUAAUUCCUGAAGUGCCAAACCCAGUGGUCAUAGUCCCUGGAUUCGAAACUCCCGCUGUUGAGACUCCAGUUGUGAUCGCACCGGGUUUUGAAACUGCUCCCGGAAGUCCUGUCGCUCCCGUCGCUCCUGUAGUAGUCCCUGAGGUCCCGAGCCCAGUGGUUGUUGCCCCUGGUUUCGAAACUGCCCCAGUUGAUGCUCCAGUAGCGGUAUUCCCCGUAGGAGGACAAGAAACCCCAGUUGUACCGGAGCCAGUGAAUGUCGUAGACACAGUUGGUCCUGUUGAAACUAACCCUGCGCCUGCUAUUACUAACAACUACUUCGUAAACGUCUACAACUUUAUCGUGGGCAAGGACUCCGCGGCUUCUACACUCUCAUACCUCCCUCAGCCCCUGCAACAGCUGUUCGCUCGCCGAUCGUAAAUGAGAUUGAAAUAAUGUGACUGUAAUAUCACCAACUCUGAGUUGUAAAUAAUUUGCAAUGUACAUAUAUACAAUAAACUUUGUACUUACAACCUAUACACAAACCAAAAGUCUCGUAUCGUUUUACUUAUCUGUGAUGAUCAUUUUUGAUGAUAAUUGCGAUUAAAUUCUAUCUAAUGA